ACAUAUAAUUUAUAUGUAAGGUGUAUCUUCAUAAAGCGAUAAGUCAUUCUAUGAGAAUAGAUCUCGUCUUUUACUUAUAAGAUUCAAUGAUCCUUCUCUCUUAUACAUACAUUUUAUGAUAGAAUUUUUAUGAAUGAAACCGAAACAAGUGUACUACAUGUGCACACAGUACUACUUGGGUACGAUGUUAGGUUAUAUUCAACAAAUAAGGGAACUCCUUAGUCCUUGGUAUUCUGAAUGCCCAUCUCUUGUACACAUUUCUAAUAGUAUCUAGAAAAAGAAAACAAUUAUAAAAAUGCACAUCACAGUCCCAAAGCCUUUUUAUUAUUAUUCUGCAGGUAUAACUAUUGUUGGUGGGGCUUACUUACUCCGGGACUACAUCAUUAGAUCAGAAUACGAAACCGAAGAAAAUGUGAAAGACAAAGUUAUUAUAGUAACAGGAUCAAAUACUGGCAUUGGUAAAGAAAUAGUUCGCAAUUUAGCAACGCGCCAAGCUAAAGUAAUUAUGGCAUGUAGAGACAUGGUAAAAUGCGAAGAGGCACGUAUUGAAAUAGUAUUACAAACCCAGAAUAAAUAUAUUUAUUGUAGAAAAUGUGAUUUAGCAUCUCAGGAAAGUAUCAGAAAUUUUGUAAACCAAUUCAAGGAAGAACACUCAAAACUGCACGUUCUUAUAAAUAAUGCUGGAGUAAUGAGAUGUAAAAAGAGUUAUACUAAAGAAGGAAUUGAGAUGCAACUUGGGGUAAAUCAUAUGGGGCACUUUUUAUUGACAAAUUUGUUACUGGAGGUUUUGAAAAAUACUGCACCAGCGAGGAUUGUAAAUGUAUCGAGUGCUGCUCAUGCAGGUGGUAAAAUUAAAUUGGAAGAUCUGAACAGUGCAGAGAAGUAUGAUCCUGCUAAAGCAUAUUCCCAAAGUAAAUUGGCAAAUGUUUUGUUCACACGAGAAUUAGCGAAUAGAUUGAAAGGAACUGGAGUUACAGUGAAUGCGGUACAUCCAGGUAUAGUAAACACAGAAAUAGUUAGACAUAUGGGAUUCAGCCAAAACUACUUCUCCAGACUGUUUGCAAGAGUAUUUUUAUGGCUGUUUGUCAAGUCACCCAAACAGGGAGCACAACCUGUUUUAUACGCAGCACUAGAUUCAUCUCUGAAUGAUGUAACGGGAGCUUACAUCAGUAACUGUAGAAUCGUGGAUCCUUCUAAAGAAGCUAAAAAUGAUGAAGUUGCCAAAUGGUUGUGGGCUGUUAGUGAAAAAUGGACGAAACUAAGUAUUAUAUAGUUCAACUUAAAUUAUAUGUAAAUAUAUAAGGUAAUUUAUCUUGUUUCAGUUGCUUGGUAAUAAAACCUGCAAUUAAGUAGAAAUAAAAUUAUUACAUAUUUUGAAACAA